CCCACGGUUCCCAGUAUCUCGAACAGCCAUCACUCUCUCCUCGUUCCCUCUCUCUUUUCUUUGUGAUAGCCGCCACACCAACGAUGGAUGAGAUGUACGGCCUCCAGCCGGACUCCGCUUUCGCGGCGGCGGAAGACCUUCAUGGAUUGAUCGCCGCCGCCGGUUAUGGCGCAGCGGCAGCUGCGGCCGCUGCGGAGGAAGAAAUGAAAGCCCGGAUUGCUUCGCAUCCACGUUAUCCCCAUCUCCUCGAAGCCUACAUCGAUUGCCAGAAGGUGGGCGCCCCGCCGGACAUAGCGUCGCUGCUCGAAGAUAUACGGCGGGAGAACGCCGGCGGCGAGAGGGUCGCGUCGUCGAGCGUCAUACUCGGCUCGGAUCCCGAGCUGGACGAGUUUAUGGAGAUGUAUUGCGAUGUGUUGGUGAAGUAUCGAAGGGAUUUGGAGAGGCCGUUCGAUGAGGCUACUGCUUUCCUGAACACCAUGGAGGUUCAGCUUUCUGAUCUAUGUAAGCCUACUUGUAGACCGGCGCUUGGACCUUACGUCUCCGAUGAGGCUGUGGGAUCUUCGGAUGAGGAACUCAGUGGAGGAGAAGGAGAGGCUCCGGAAUCACAUCUAAAAGGUGAAGAAAGAGAUCUUAAAGAGAAACUCCUCCGAAAAUAUAGCGGUUAUUUGAGUAGCUUGAAGCAGGAAUUUUCAAAGAAAAAGAAGAAAGGGAAGCUCCCCAAAGAAGCACGACAGAUACUCUUUGAAUGGUGGACAGCUCACUACAAGUGGCCCUACCCUACAGAAGCAGACAAGAUCGCACUGGCUGAGGCAACAGGGCUAGAUCAAAAGCAAAUAAACAACUGGUUCAUAAACCAGAGGAAGAGGCACUGGAAGCCAGCUGAUCAGAACAUGCACUUCUCCGUCAUGGAUAGCUCCUCCACUUCAUCAUUUUUCGCCGAUGACUGACAAGAGCAGUUUUUGGCAACACUGACAUUUUCUGACCUCCCAAUAGUCCAACACAGUAUACGUAUUUGGUAGUGGCAAUCAGGAAGAUGACUUUAGUGACCCUGGAUGCUCAGCCAAAUUUGUUUGUAUUAAAAAGUGAUUCAGAAGUGAAAACAUGCAUUAUGAUAUAAGCUUUGGUCCAAGACAAAUUGGUUCAUGGAUUCAGGAAGCUUUGUUAUUA